AUGGCACAUCUAUUCUGGAAUCUCCCAGACAAUGAUGAUAUGUUGAUGUAUCCAUGGUUACUCUGGUUCAUUUGGAAAGCUCGUAAUUACAAAGUUUUCUCAAAUGAUGAUCAAAUCCGCAGGAGUAAUGGAAUCUGCGAUAACGGAAGCCGGGCAUGGGCAGCAGCCCAAACGGUAGCAGAGGAUACCACUAAUAUCUCCAUCACUCCGGCCACGUCCCAUUGGGAGAGUGGUGUCAGAUUGAUGGAGCAUGGAAAGAGACAGACAGUCGGGCUGGACUUGGAUGAUAGCGCUCAGUUGGUGAAGAUGGUGUCCAAACCUGCAGAGUGGCCAGCUUUUGCGAUCUUGCUUGAAGAAGUGGAGCAUUGCAGAGGGAUGUUCCAGGCGUUCUCCCUCACAUACAUUCCCAGAACGAAGAACACAAAGGCAGACAAGCUAGCACGGAGUGCUCGAGCUCAGCCCCACGAUGUGUACUACAUAAACUCAGUUCCCCGGUUCCGCUUCCCGGACCGGUCUAGGAAUUUAGGCUGUUGA